CUUCAGGAGACCCGUGUGUUUGUUGUGUUGCGUUGCGUUGCGUUGCGUGCUGGCUGGCUGUCUCUGCACGACUGACAGCUAACAACAAAGACCAUGUCCACCGCGGAGGACUUCGCGCAGCUCCCGGUCACGGUGUGGGAGAAGGCCGUGCUGACGAAGGUAAACAAAGCCGUUGUUUUCAUGGACGACGCGUGCGCGGAGGCUCUCCACUGGUGCGGGGGCGCCGCCCGCCUGUUCGAGGCGGGAGCCCGGGACGUCAAGCAGUUCUCCAGCUUCGAAGCCGGCGGCGAGAAGGAGCCCAAGGCCGUGUUCGUGGUGAGCACUCUGCUGAGGGGUCGGACGGUGGACGUCAUCAGAGACAUCGUGUCCCUCAGUCGCUUCCAGUACUGCGUCGUCCUCACCGCCGUCGCCCACCCGGUGCACCUGUUCGCGGGCGGCGCGGCCGCGGAGUCGGAGCGCCGCGUCGUUUUCGAGCAGUUCGAGGAGAAGCUGUGCGAGUGGAUGGGCGACAUGAACUACACGGCAGUCGCGCACGCGCCGCUGGUGUUCGCGCCGGUGUCGCGGCAGCUGCUCCUGCUCGCGCCGGCCUACGCGCACCUGUUCCCGCUGCUCGCGCCCGACCUGGAGGCGAUCAACGCGCGGCGACAGAAGAAGAAGUUCGCCAGCCUGGCGGACGUGGACGCGCACGCGCUCCCCGCGCAGCUGCAGCUGGACGUCAAGGCUCUGGCGUCGGCGCUGAACUCGCUGUUCGAGGCGAGCGGCGCGCGCGAGGAGAGCUUCGCCGUGGGGCCCCUGAGCCGCGUCAUCGCCGCGGAGCUGGCCGCGCACCCGCAGGCCAAGAACCGGCGGAAGACGGCCCACAGUAAAGCAUCCAUCAUCUUCGUGGACCGCACGAUGGACCUUACAGGAGCCGUUGGUCACCAUGGCGACAACCUGGUGGAGAAGAUCCUGACCGCGCUGGAACCUUUACCUGGCCACGUGACGGACGUACAGGUGGACAUGCUGGAGCUCACCAGUGUGCAGCGAACGCCUCACUCCCGGAGCACCGUGGCCCCCGGCUGCCUGGCACAGACCCAGUCACCAGCAGCUCAGUCGCUGUGGGAGACCAUGCUGACCAGUAAACACAAGGAGGGGGUGAUGGAGGUCCGCCGCGCGCUGGUGGAGACGGCCAGCAAGGAGAAGCUGCCCAUCAAGAUGAGCAUGGGCCGAGUGACCCCCGAGCAGCUCUGCUCCUACGUGAGGCUCUUCCGGGGCAGCGGGGAGGCGCUGGAGAGUCACGGGGGGCUCCUCCAGCUGGGCCUGGCCACGGCUCAGACCCUCGGACACCCCGCCCUGCCGCGCUGGGACGCCUGCUUGGCCUUUGAGAGGCUGCUGCUGCAGGCUCUCGGAGACACCACCUUCCCCGCCGCGCUGAGGCAGCUGCUGCCCUUGAUGAAGCCGCGUGGUGGCGAGGACGCCGCGGCCUCGGGGUCGAGGUGCCAGGAGGACGGAUGCGGGCCGGAUGAGCUGAUCCUCCUGCUGGUCUACCUGUACUCCCUGGCUGACGAGGCGCAGCCCCCCCACGGAGGAGGAGGGGGGGAGGAGGAGGAGAAGCAGCUGGAGAUGCUGGAGAGGGAGCUGAUUGGAGCGCUCACGCUGGUCAUCACUCAGGAGGCGGAGCUUAGCCCUCUGCUCCAGAAGCUCACCGGUAUCGGAUGAAACUCGUCUCUCCAUCAAGUGCGCGUUGUGGGGAGUCAACAAACGGUCGCACAAACACACACUCGGUAACGAUCUCAGCGUUCACACACACAC